UUUCGUAUGUGGUCAGGGUGCCUUUUUUAGGACAAACUACAGUGUAUUGUACUCCAAUAUAAAACCUUUUUCAGGUACCGGGUGAUUAAUAUUAGUAGACAGCAUACAUUUGUAUAUGUUUUUAAUYYAAAACUUUUAGUAGAUAGUGUAAUWAUAAAAAAWAAGUGAUUUCGUCAUAUGUGUCUCGUGAUGGGAUCGCUUAUCACGGGGCGUUGCAUUUUUUGGUACAACACCAGCGGAUGUAACUGGUCAGCUGCGUUUGUUACAGCGCUUCCUGAUUAGCGAAUGAAACCAUAAACUGCAUUUUUCUCCUCGAUAUUUUGACCUAAAUGCCUACCGCUUCGUUGCUUAUCAACAGAAACGUAAGUAGACGUGAUCCUCGACAGUCGCGGUGGUGAAAAUGAACACAGAUAAGGACUUUUCGCCGCUGACGCCCAACAUCGUCAGGGCUCUGAAUGAUAAACUGUAUGAGAAGAGGAAAGUCGCUGCUCUCGAAAUAGAGAAGCUGGUCCGGGAGUUCGUUGCGCAGAAUAACUCCACUCAAAUCAGACAUGUGAUCCAGAUUUUGGCAUCGGAAUUCGCUCUUUCCCAGCACCCUCACAGUCGGAAAGGGGGUCUCAUUGGGCUUGCAGCUUGCUCCAUUGCACUGGGAAAGGACUCGGGUCUGUAUCUGAAGGAGCUUAUUGAGCCUGUACUCACGUGCUUCAAUGACUCAGACAGCCGCCUGCGCUACUAUGCCUGCGAGGCCCUUUAUAACAUUGUGAAGGUGGCCAGGGGAGCCGUGCUGCCACACUUUAACUUGCUGUUUGAUGGUCUCAGCAAGCUUGCRGCAGACCCAGACCCCAAUGUAAAAAGUGGAUCUGAACUCCUGGACAGGCUGCUCAAAGACAUUGUUACAGAAAGCAACACAUUUGACCUGGUAGCGUUUGUCCCCCUGCUGAGGGAAAGAAUCUAUUCAAACAAUCAGUAUGCCAGACAGUUCAUCAUUUCUUGGAUCCACGUGCUAGAGUCUGUGCCGGACAUUAACUUGUUAGAGUACCUCCCAGAGAUUCUGGAUGGACUGUUUCAAAUCCUGGGCGAUAACAGCAAGGAGAUCCGGAGGACGUGUGAGGUGGUCCUGGGAGAGUUUCUGAAGGAGAUUAAGAAAGCGCCCUCUAGUGUGAAAUUUGCUGAGAUGGCCAACAUCCUCGUAAUUCACUGUCAAGUUCCGGAUGAAGCCAAACUCACAAACGAUCUGAUCCAGCUGACAGCUAUGACGUGGAUGAGGGAGUUUAUCCAGCUUGCGGGCAGAGUGAUGCUCCCUUAUUCCUCUGGCAUCCUAACUGCAGUGCUCCCUUGCCUGUCCUAUGAUGACAGAAAGAAGAAUACCAAAGAAGCUGCCAGUGCAUGCAAUAACAGUCUGAUGAAGCUGGUGACUCCUGAGGACGACGAGGAUAAAGAGGAGGAAAUGAGUGGAAGCGCUGGGUCACCGUCCACAGGAGAGGGCCAGCCUAAAGUGGAGGAAGACUGCAAUGAUAUGCUGAAUGCAUCACAAGAAUCUGUAGGUCUUAGUAAUAUCAGUUUCUUCACCCCAGCAAGUGCCGACAGGCCUCAGGUAACUCUGGAUCUUGAUAGCAUUGUACAGGUACUGGGCCGCCACCUCCAUGACUCAUCUACUGGCAUGAUGACCCGCAUAACUGUCCUCAAAUGGCUUUAUCACCUCUACAUUAAGACACCACGCAAAAUGUUCCGUCAUACCGACAGUCUUUUUCCAAUUCUGCUCAAAACCCUGUCUGAUGAGUCUGAUGAGGUGAUAUUAAAAGACCUGGAGGUGCUGGCUGAAAUAGCUUCAUCUCCUGCUGGCCAAACGGAUCAACCAUCCUCUUGUGACCACAUGGACAACAAACUGGUCCUCAAGGUUCCGGCGGGUCCCAAAACAGGACAGCAGCCCAGCACGGGCACCAAAGCUGCGGAUUCCUCCCCCUCCACGCCCAGUAUGAACUCCUAUUUUUAUAAAUUCAUGAUCAACUUGCUCAAGCGUUUCAGCCUGGAGAGGAAGCUUCUGGAGAACAGGGGAGCUUUCAUCAUCAGGCAGCUGUGCCUUUUGCUUCACGCUGAGAACAUCUUCCACUCCAUGGCUGACAUCUUACUGAAAGAAGAGGACCUCAAGUUUGCCUCCACCAUGGUUCAGACCCUCAACACCAUCCUGCUCACCUCCGCUGAACUCUUCCAGCUGCGCAAUCAGCUGAAAGAUCUGCAUACUCAAGAAAGCUGUGCUUUGUUCUGCUGUCUGUAUCGUUCCUGGUGCCACAACCCCGUGGCCACUGUGUCACUUUGCUUCCUCACGCAGAACUACAAGCAUGCCUACGACCUCAUCCAGAAGUUUGGAAACCUGGAGGUGACCGUGGACUUCCUGAUAGAAGUUGACAAGCUGGUGCAGCUCAUUGAAAGCCCCAUUUUUACCUACCUGCGGCUGCAGCUCCUAGAUGUGGAGAACAACCCGUACCUGAUUAAGGCGCUGUAUGGUCUGCUGAUGCUGCUGCCACAGAGCCAGGCCUUCCAGCUCCUCUCCCACCGCCUAAAGUGUGUUCCCAACCCGGAGCUUAUGAGGACUGUGGAUGAAUCCAAGCAUAUGGACUCCAAAAAGCAAGCGACUUGUAAACGCGCCUCUCCCAGUCACAUGGAUUACAGUGAGCUGCUCCAGCAUUUUGACCGUGUUCAAAGCAAACACCUGGAGGUCCGGCACCAGCGUUCUGGGCGAGCCCCUGAUCCCCACGACAGAAAGCUGAUGUGAAGUUUUUAAUCCCAUAAAGAUCUUUGGUUUAUGGGAAAAUUAAGAGUAGAACAUAAGUGAAUGUAUGACAGGAAUAAUAAUUGACUGAAAAGAGCUAAUGUUAUUAAGUAUUACAAAUUAACAAUUUUGUGUGACAGGCAGUGGCUUUACAAAAACAGCUGUUUUAUUUUUGGCAUUCCUCCUCAGACAGAAAAUGUUUGAAAAACUAUUCUAAACUGAAAGGAUGUAUUGUACUUGACACUGUCAUAAAAACAAAUUAAUACUUCUAACAAUGUGCAACAAAUAGUUAUUACAGUGGCUUGCAUGGAAAUUAAGUUUAGUAUUUUUUAUAGUAAGUCUUGUGAAGCAGUACUUAUUGUAAACAUGUGUUUGAGAUUCUCAUAAUCUCAUGCCAAAAAAAAAAAAUAAAAAAAGACGCGUGUCUUUGGACUCUGGA